GUCUGGUCUUAUGGACAGAUAAGCGUCGUACAUCAGUAAUCCAAUCCGAUCAGAUGUGGAUUACUAAUGUACGACGCUUAUCUGCAACUCAACACUUUAGUUUAUCAGCUAGAACGCGCCUUGGGGCAGAUUUGCAUGAUGACACACUUGUACGUUGCUACCAAGCUAUCGCAUCCUAAUUUCCCUGUAUGGCCGGACAUGGAGUACCUCAUCCACCAGUAAGAAGAAACGAGGCUUUUCUUCGGUGGUGCCCCCCAGACUCUGGGUGAGUCCUUUCGUAAUGCCUAUCUAAUGAUAGGACGGUCUGCCUCUGAUAUAGCGCGUGAGGCAUGAGGAAAGCAGAAUUCCAAAACGCUCAAAGAUAUGCGGAAGCUAAGGGACGGCUCUCGGUUACAAGAAACCAGUAUUCUAGCUCCGAUCUUCAUGGAGCGGAGUUUUGGAUAGGCAACUACCGACGCAUCUGUUGACCGUACGUACCGUACACACUUAACGUGAG